AUGCCUCGCACACCUCGCACACCUCGUACUCCACUCAUUCCCCCUACCGCAAGAGUGGCAACGCGUUCGCUUCAGACACCCACAACACCCAUAACACCCACGAAUUCAUCUAAUGAUGACGCACCAAUCGCCGCUCGUUUGCGCCCGCGAGCAAAUAAAACAACAGAAGCGAGUACACCAAUAAAACAGUCAAAAGCACAGCCUACUCCAACAAAGAGAAGCCGUAGGAAAGUCACUUUAGAUAGCGAGGCUGUAAAUUCACAAACGAUCAAUCAAUCACAUGACUCGGAUGUUACUACUAAUAUUGAAGCCACGAACGAAGUGUCUGUGGUUGUAAUUGUGCACAAAGAUGGCAAUAUUUCGAACGAUGAGACCACUUUAGAUAACAAGGCCGUCGACGACGCUGUAGAUUCAACAACGAUUCAAGCAAUUGAGUCAGAUAAUGUCGAUACCUCGACUAGUGUAAACGAUGUGCAAACAGUGGCAAAGUCCCAUUCUGAUAGUGCAGACGUUGACGCUUUGAACAAUCAGGUUACUUUGGUUAAUAACGAGAGUGUAGAGGAAGUGCAAAUAGUGAUAGACUCGCCAAUAGAUGAUCAAUCGCAUGAUUCUGACAGCACAGAUGGGAAAUAUACUCCAAGCCAUACUGUUAAUGGUACUACAAGUCCAGAGACUACCGAAUCACACAACAUUACGACCGAGAAAGAUCGAGAAGAGGGGAUCAGGAAUACAACUGAAUCGCAUGAUGCUAGUGCUUCAACAGUAAUCGCAGCAGAGUCACACAACAUUAUAACCGAAGAAGAGAUCAGGAAUAAAACUGUCAAUAAUAGUAAAAGUCCAGAGACAACUGAGUCUGCUGGUGCGUCAGUAGUAGUUACAGCAGCUAAAGAACAAGGAGAAUUACAGGAGCCAAAUACUGCAGAAUUUCUUGUACCAAACGAUAUUGUCAUCCCUAGAUUGCUUCCAUCUGAGCUUAUUCAGCAAGUGCAAAGUAAAAAAGAGUAUGGAAAUUCGUGA